AUGACUCGGCGCACACGAUCAUCUUCUUCUUCAACCAAGAAAUUUGAGGUUUUCGAGUUCAAUGACGAAGACCAGAGUAUUGAAAAGGCCUCUAAGAGGAUUCUCCGCAAGUUUGAAAACCCUAGCAGGUCUCGGUCUUCCCUUAUCACCAAAUACGACUUCCUUCAAUCCUUUACAAGCGGUUCAAAUUCCAAACCUGUAUCCAUUGAGGCUGCUGAUCAUAUUGACCUUGAUGAUUACGAACUAGAAGAAGAAGAAGAAGUUACAAAGUGUUCAGCGGAGGAAGUUGCCAACCAACCGAUAGAGCUUGUUGAUGGGGAGAAUGAUGAUGACCGUGGACAUGAUGAAGGUGAUCAUCUAGAAGAUUUUGAUAAUCCAUGUGCGAUAGACACACGGCCUCAACUCUCUGCUAAUAAAGAUAUUUCUGGCUACAAUGGUUUAGGAGAAAGCGAUAUUGACUCGAAAAAUUUGUCACUUGAGGUGGCUUCUGAUGACACUAGUCAAACGAGUUCUUCUUGUACUUCUACUUCAAAUCCCGCAGAAGAUGAAGUUAACUUUGGGGACCAGCUAGUGGAGCAUGGUGAUUCUGCUGCAUUUAAAAUUAAUGACAUAGAAAAGGUGGUUGAUGUUAUCCCUGAUUUUAUUCAAUGCGAGGAUUUGUAUUCCACUUGCUCUCAGUUAACAUUCACUUGCAACUCCCUGAAACUCAAAGGCUCAACAAUCAAUGGAACAAGGGAAACUUUUAAAAUUGAGUGGACAACUGAAGAUAUCAUAAAAAUUGAAUCAUGUUGGUUUGGAAAUAUUGAAACAGCCUUGAUCAACCUUCUUCUUAAAUCAAAAGAUUAUACUAAAGCUGGAACUACAAAUCAAAAUCCAGGUGUGACUACUUUCAACAAUUAUGUUAUCAAUAGUUGCGCUAAUCAUGUUAUAAUUCAGGCAACUGCAGAAGAAGCAAUCAAAUUAUUGGACACAAGAUACACAGAUAUAUGGAGUACAUUUUUUGACAUUGAUGCAGAUAACAAUGGAAAUAUUUCUGCAUUGGGGAAGCACUACUUUUUCUCUCAGCAGCGUUAUUUUCCCAAUUUUGAUGAGACUUUUGAUGAGGUUAUUUAUCCGAAGGGGGAGCCUGAUGCUGUUUCUAUUAGUAAGAGAGAUGUUGAGCUUUUACAGCCGCAGACAUUCAUUAAUGAUACUAUCAUUGACUUUUAUAUCAAGUAUUUGAAAAAUAAACUCCCAACUGACGAACAGGACCGGUUUCACUUUUUCAAUAGCUUCUUUUUUCGUAAGCUUGCUGAUUUAGACAAAGAUCCAUCAAGUGCUUGUGAUGGUAGAGCAGCAUUUCAGCGUGUACGCAAAUGGACUAGGAAAGUGAACCUUUUUGAAAAGGAUUUUAUCUUGAUUCCCAUAAACUAUAGUAAUUGGUUCCCACCGCCAGAGGCUUCUCUGAAACGAUCUCACAUACAGAAGCUAAUUUAUGAUAUAUUUGAAAAUAAUUCUUUCCUGGCACGUCCUACUGAUUGCCUCGAUAAAGGUCUUCCCACUGAAGACCCUGCCAUUAUUGUCCAGACAAAAGUGGAAAAAGAUUCCCUUAGGGAUUGCUGCUAUCCAGACUUGUGGUGUGUAAAAAAUCCUGUAAAUUCCUCUAGUCAACUAGAGACUGUUGAUAUUCAGUAUCCGACAGCUUCACCCAGAAAAGUUUCAUCGUUUUUGGGAGGACCUGCACUUGUUUCCAAGGACUUGCAUGUAAUUUCACGUUCUGAUUGUCUGCAGAUGUCAGCAUGUGGCCAGAGGGGCUUCUUGGCACCACUAGAGGAAAAUGAAAAAUCUGGUGAGGAAACUGCUUUAUCAAUAGAGAGGGAGAAAUCCCAAUUGGUAUAUGAUUUCCCAUCCACAUCAUAUGUUAGCAAAGAUCACGGAGCAUCAGAAUCAUCUCAGCAUGGAUUUUCUGUAAAUUUUGUGGAAGCUUUUGAGAUCCAUUCUCAUCCAAGAACAACGACUAGUUUAUCCUGGUUCCCAUUGAAUACAAGUACUCAUGAAGACCAGCUUCUUAAGAAAAUUGAUGAACCCAACAUUUCAGACAAGACAUACGUUGAGUAUUUAUCGACCUCUGGUGAGGAGCUUACAGACUAUGUUGUUCCAGAUUCUCCGUUGCCAACCAAUGCUGACGUGAGUUUUGUUAAGUCUCAUUCCUCAUUUCUUGAAUAUAUGAAUCCAUUAAUAACCCGUCAAAUGCUCGAUUUUACUCAGAAGACUCUUGCAAAUGAUACAUUAGUCAACAAGGAAAAGCCACUGGCAUUUGAAUCUGAUGUACCAGAUGUCAAAAGGUCAAAGCUUAUGGAUGCAUACUUUUCGGAUUAUCCAGGGGCAAAUGAUGGGCAUGAUGCUGAUGUGAGUGUUAAGUCUCCUUCCUCAUUCCGUGAAUAUAUGAAUUCAGUAACCCAUCAAAUGCUUGAUCUGACUCAGAAGACGAGUCUUGGAGAAGAUACUUUAGUUAGUGACAAGGACGAUCCAGUAGCAUUUGAAUCUGAUGAACCAGAUGCCAAAAGGCCAAAGCUUAUGAAUGAAGGUGGUCCAAGUCGCAGAUUCACUAGAAGCAUGAUAAAAGAAGCUUGUGUGUAA